AUGGACUCCACCUCCAGGCCUAGAUUUCGCUUCAGAGAUCACAGGCAAGAAAUGGCCGACGAUUCCUCGUCCGAGGGUCACACCACUGCCGAUUCCUCUUCCCUUCACACCGACGACGACGACCAGCCUCACCUCCACUCCAUGACUGCAAAGGGUGUCCAACAUCUUUGUUCUGAACUUCUCGAGAUCAAGCAAGAAUCGGAUCACGAUUUUCAGAAGAAUAUCUUUUCAAACUACUCUGCCUUCCUCAUGAUAAUGAAAGACAUACAAGUCUUGCAAACUGAAUUGCUGGGAUUGAAAAGCCAGGCUUCAUUGCAAAAGAGGCUUGUUCAAGAUUUUAGUGAUAAAAUCUACUCAACUCUUGUGUCUGAUGAUACUACCAUGCUUCGAGAAACUCUGCCUGUUGAAAUGACUGUAUUGGACGUGCAUGCACAGAAUGUGUCCGAUAUCUUGGAUUCUCUCGUCUCUGAGCGAAGGCUAGAUGAUGCCCUGGCUCUGCUCGAAGUGGAGAGCGAGUAUGUCCAGUAUCUACGGCCAGAUGAAUAUUCUUCGGAACAAAUAAUGUCUUAUAAGUCGACUAUAUCUGGAAAACGGUCUGCCCUUGCUGACCAGCUCACGCUGGUAGCUAGACAUCCGCGGGUGCCUGCACCGGAGCUGCAGAAGGCACUGCUCGGAUUGUGCCAACUCGGAGAAAAUCAUCUUGCAAACGAGCUGCUGCUUCAGUACUAUCACUCAAGGAUUGCUUCUGGUGUAUACAAUCUGCAACCUUCAAAGGGAUUAUUUCCAAAUGUGUUGUAUAUUCAACAAGUGGCAAAAUGUGUGUGUUCAAUGAUCUCUCAAGCUGUGAGGAGUUAUGUCUCGUUGAAUGGAGAAACGCACCCUUACUCUUUGGAGCUAACUCGGUGGGCAGCAGAAGAGAUGGGACUGUUUGCUGCUUGCUUCGUCAGGUACAUUGAGUCCAUCUCCGACAUAAGUGGUAGGUUGUCCGCAGCUGUUGAUGCUUUGAGGAUAGGGAUCUCAUAUUGCUCGCUGCUGGAGACUCAGAGAAUCCUCGUGAAGCAUUCGUUCUUGGAGCUCGUUCGCCCCUAUAUAGAGGGAGUCAUGCAGCUCCACAUAGACCAUUUGAGUAGAGUCAUGAGUGUGGUUGCCUCUACUGACACAUGGGUUUUAGACAGAUACUACGUAUCGGGAAUCAUGACAGGAACGAGUAGCGCCAUCAUUGAUCAACACCCUGAAUGCUUCUAUCUCACCAACAGUGGCAGGAAGUUCGUGACAUUGUUCCAGUCUGUCGCGGAGGAGAUUUCACCUCUGAUCGCGUUUGAAAUGGAGAGCUCGGUUCUGAAAGGAAUCAUGGACUUAUUGACAGCUUACGUUGUCAUACUCGAAAGUGCCAUCACUGGUGACACAGACGCUGUGGAGAAAGAAGGGUUCAAGAUCAACUUGCCAGAAACUCCCACUCAAGGAGUUAUCAUUCUAGCCAAUCUGUCUACAUUGGUGCAAUUUUCCUCGAGCAUCAUCCGAAACCUCUUUGAUGGCGUCCACCAGCUGGAAUUCGAGAUGGACAGCUACGCAACACUCGUACAGGACAUUUACAGUCGGCUCAAAUCCUACUUUCUUGAUCAUUUCAUAUCGAACAUCUUCUCACCAAAUGCUGGCCAUGAAUCCAGUCCAGAGAUUCCCGACGAUAGCUGUAGAUAUCUUGAUCUGACUCCAUCUGUUCCAUACCUGGAAUUGUAUUUGGAGAUAAAGAAACUAGAGAAGCUCGAAUGCAUCGACGUGGGAUGGCUGAUGAGCCUCUUCUCGGAGGUGAUGGACGCAACAUUCGAGUGGAUCUCCACUAAAUCUGAAAUUUGGACAAUAACAGAGAACUUGCUUCUCAAUCGCACAAAAUUUGUGCAGUUCAUUUUGGACACUCAAUUUCUGGUGGAAAUGGCAAGACAUGGUGAUUACUUAUCAGAAAAGGCGAAGACCAUCUCAGACAACAUGAUAUUUCAUGUCGAAACAUCCUUCCUUUCGGCUGAUUCGAAUGACGAUGAGUGGCCUGCAAACAUGGCUACCGCAGCCCUUCAGAAGCUGCAACAACUUCUUGAAAAUGAGGAUGCAGCAGACGAAGAAGGAUCCUCGCAUGAAUCAGUGAUUGAAAAUGCCAUUCAAACAAACACCGAAAUUUGA